GAGAUUUACUGUAAGGGAGAUAACCUCAAGUCGAACGAGAGCGCACUUGGCAGUUCGAUGUGGGUGGGGUUUUCCAGGUGGACGGCUACCCAUUUUCGUCUUAAGUCAGCUGGUGGAAUGUUGAUAGCAGAAAUUUGGAUAGAUGUUUCAGCAUAAAACAAAUAGCAUUAUAUGUUGUAGAAGACACAUGAUGAAGAGUGACAUUUAAUCAGACCUUUUGCAACACCGAUUGACACGAAAUUCAGUUAUGGCAGGUUUCCAGAAUGGUUGCUUGUCUUCAAAUAGCUUUUCUGCUAAUGACCAAGAAACUGAUGAAAGAAAGGGGUUACUAAGGUCUAGGAAAGACACAUUCGAAGUGAACAAAGCAAGGUCAGAAAGACGUCCCAGUCUAGAAAGAAUAGAACGUUCAUAUGCUGCAGACAGAUUCCACUCCUGAUGUAGAAUACAAAAAUUGUCUUGAUUCUGCACAUCAGCAAGAUCAUGUUGACAGGCUUAUGCAGAAUGAGGAUAGGGAAGAGGAGAGACUGAAUGAGAAGAGGCAAUCAGAACGUCGCAGAAGUCUUGAACGAAUAAGCAGUCAAAGGUCAGAACGAAGGCAGAGUCUAGAGAGGUCUGACAGGCAUACAAGUGAACGUCGCCCAAGUAUCGAACGAUUAAAUUACCAAAGGUCAGAACGAAGGCAGAGUCUAGAGAGGUCUGACAGGCACACAAGUGAACGUCGCCCAAGUAUCGAACGAUUAAAUUACCAAAGGUCAGAACGAAGGCAAAGUCUAGAGAGGUCUGACAGGCACACAAGUGAACGUCGCCCAAGUAUCGAACGAUUAAAUUACCAAAGGUCAGAACGAAGGCAAAGUCUAGAGAGAUCUGACAAGUACAAAUCUGAGAGUGGUCCUAAUCUUGAGUGGUCAGAAAGAAAUAACAAAGAGGGAAAUUCAGGGCAGUCAGGUAUUAGCACUCUUCGCCCGCAGCCUUUGAAUGAAAGAGGUGUUCCAGGCAACUGGGAUUUAUUACUGCCAGUAGAAGAUGAUCAACGUUUUCACUUGGUGCCACUUUCAACAAUUGAUUGGGAGUACAGUGCCAUCACUGUGGACUUUGAGGAGGCUGGGCUGAGGGUGAAAUGUGUUGAACGACUGCAGAACCGUAUGCUGCUGGAUCGAUUUAGAUCAGAAAAAGACCAUCUUAAAAACAGUCGAUCAGUUUCAGAAAAGGACUUAAAUGAGUGCUAUUUAUACCAUGGCACCCAGGCAAAUAAACUUGAUCUCUGUGAGGAGGGCCUGGAUUCCAGACUAAGCUUCCAAGGUUGCUUUGGCAGGGGAAUCUACUUUAGUGACAAUCCAAGGAAAUGCAUUCAGUAUGCCAAAACUAAUGAUGACAGAGGCAAGCAUGCAAUGAUACUUGUGUGCAGAGUGAUACUGGGAGAUUCUAAGGUAUAUCCACGUGGUGAAAUGGACCCUGACCUCCGUCGGGAGCCUGAAAGACUCCAGCGUAAAGGUGGUUGGCGAUAUUAUGACUCAGUUCAGGGAAUCCCCAAUGAUUACCCAGAGUUUGUGGUAUACGAGAACCGUAGGGCUAUGAUUGAGUAUGUUGUUACAUACGAAGAAGCUCCACCUCAGCCUCUGCCUUCAGACCAGCCCAUAUGCCAGGAUCCCAGUGCAGGUCUUUAUAAGGAAGAUCUUGAGUCUAUUGAGCUUCCAAUAUCAGAAGAAGAGCUAGACAGGUUAUACUUGCUUACGCCUGACUCAGAUUCUGAUGCAAGUUGUGAUGAACAUACACGCGAAGUUGAAAGAUUGCGUGACAAUGUCCGCAGGAACAAAGCCAAACAACUGGGCAUUCCUUACAAACCUCCCACAGAGGAACAGAAACGAUAUGAUCGACUGCAUUGGAAAAGAGUCUGCUAUUACAGCUGCCCACCCAACUCACCUCUCUUUGAUAUGAUGAUAAAAAAGAAAAGAGAAGAAAAGGAUGAGAGGAAGCGAAGAAAACAAGCCAAAAAGGACAAGAAGCCAGAAACUACUGGCAGUAUUAAAGCACCGAGUGGUACCUCACAGUCUUGGAAGAUGUAUGGAUCUGCUGAAGAGGAAAAAGUAGAAAAUGAUAGUGUGGCAGAGGUUUUGAGUAACCUAAUCGCAGAGUUCCUGACCAUUACAACAUCUGAGGAUGUGUCGACAGCUCGACGUUACAUAAUGGAGAAUGGAAUGGACUUGGAAAAAGCUCUUUGCCAGUAUUUUACUGAGUCUUGAGAUACACCAAAUUCAUACUUUUUAAGCUUAAACUGGUCAUUUCUUAAGUUGAGAGUGGCCUGAUUGAAACUUAUUAACUGUUAAAAACUAGUGAAAUAUUAUUACACCAUGAUACUUACCAUACCUGAUCUGUAAAUUAUGUAGUGGGUAUGAAAUUAUAGCUAUCCAGAUAUUUUACUGUUUCUUUUAUUUGAAAAAAGUGGAAUGAACCAGAAUCAGAAAUGUAAAUUAAAGUCAUUUUAUUAUUUAAUUUAGAAACAUCUUUUGUGGUUUUUAUUUUUCUGAUGCCCAAAAGUUUUCUUGAUGUUACUGAUAACAGCAGCAUUUCCCUUCCCUGCCCCCCCCCCCCUCUACUUUGUUCUUUGUGGAUGUUGAGCAUUAAGAGAUUAAGAAUUUGUUCAUGUUAUAAAGCUGUUGUAUUGCUGCCACCAUGUUUAUGAUAAAGACUGGCUUAUUA